GUAACAGCUUUACGACUUUUCUCUUGUGCUUUAUAUUUGAAGUCCAUAUUUUGUGCAUUAGUUUGGCCCUUUUUUUGACAUUUGAAAUGUGAUCUAUAAACAGGUAUGGGUUUUAUGGAGAUGUCAUUAAGGAAAGUGAAAAAUAUCGGUGGAUGGGACCAGUUCGCUAUGACUAUGCUGGAACAAAGGUCUUCCUGAAACACAGAUCUUUUGAGGCAGAAGUAGCUUUUCUAGAAACUGAAUCAGUUGAAACAACUACUAGAUCAUCAAGCAAGACACAAUCAGCACAACUUUCUCCUGAAAGGCCCAAGAAAAUGAUCUGCUGUAGGAACUGCACUGUUUGCAAAGAGACUAUGAAUUCCGUCACUUCACCUGCAAACAGAGUCAUUGCAAGCCCCGGCAUCCAUUCUGGGGGUUCAAGGUGGUUGCGAUCCAAAGGCCGUUUCCUUAGUAUUGGCGGAGCAGUCAUUUCAUGUCGUAAUGAAAGAGCUCCUGAUGGUUUGGUGGCUGAUGCACAUCUUGCUGAUGGAUUCUUGCAUCUUAUAAUGAUAAAAGACUGUCCUCGCCCUCACUACUUAUGGCAUCUAACACAGCUUACAAGAAAGGGUUCUGAUCCACUGAACUUCGAGUUUAUAGAGCAUCACAAAACAUCUGCCUUUACUUUCGUUUCAACUCAUGAUGAAAGUUUCUGGAACUUGGAUGGGGAAUUGUUACAAGCAUGCCAAAUCUCUGUUCAAGUAUUCCGGGGCCUUGUCAACUUGUUUGCUUCCGGCCCUGAAGUUUAACAACUUCCACGGUCUUGAUGAUACUACCCACACAUCAGCUUGUUCUACAGGAUCUUGAGAAUCAGAUCAUGCUGAUUCAAAUGAGGUCCCUUAUGCAGAGUGUUACUAAUACAAAGUGAUUGAGUCUAUUUAUUCUCUUCUUUUCAGUCUGAAGAAUAAUGAUUUGAAGAUGAUUAUCGGAAUACGAAAAAUGAAGUUUAUGUACUCAUAGAAAUAAACUUGAAAUGUUCGACAUAUCCUUAUAAUUUAGUGUACACUGACGUUGUCUUGUAUAUAUUGUGUUUUGUGUAACGUCACAACCUGUGAAUGAAUGCAAUUUUUUGGUCAACUUAUAUGAUACUGUUACACUUAUUCUUGUGACAA